GCGGGAGGCUCUGCGCGCCCGGGGCCUGCGUCCUCGGCGGCGCCCGGCGCAGUGCACAUCCCCAGCGCCCUCGCAGCGCCGUCCCUCGCCCGUCUCUUCCAGCUCUUCACGCUGCCCAGCUGAAAGGAGAAAAUGGGCACCGGGGAUUUCAUCUGCAUUUCCAUGACUGGCGGGGCGCCCUGGGGCUUCCGACUGCAAGGUGGCAAGGAGCAGAAGCAGCCCCUGCAAGUGGCCAAGAUUCGGAACCAGAGCAAAGCGUCCGGGUCCGGGCUCUGCGAGGGGGAUGAGGUGGUGUCCAUCAACGGCAACCCCUGUGCAGACCUCACCUACCCCGAAGUCAUCAAGCUCAUGGAAAGUAUAACGGACUCCCUCCAGAUGCUCAUCAAAAGACCAUCAUCCGGUGGAACAAGUGAGGCUUUGAUCUCUGAAACUGAAAACAAAAACCACGAGCAUCUCAUACACGAGGGGUCUGCGGGAAGUCCCACCGUGCAGACUGGACCGACCACAAUGACCCAGUACAGAGAGUUCUUCGUCGCCCCUGUCAAGCGUGGAGUCCCCCCAGCCGAGGACCCAAGAAAUAGUCCUGAUUGUGAAGAGAACUUAAAAGCAGAGACAGUCCUGAGCUACCAAAGGGGUCCUCAGACGCCUGACUCCCAAAGUGGACCCUUGGCAGAAGGAGUUGUCUUAAGGGGGAAGGCAGAAGGGGGGCGGGCAGGCACUGUGGUGGAACUGCAACUGUCCCUUUCACAGGAGAGACACAAGGACACCAGUGGCCCCACAGUGGCCCUGCUGGGAGGUGAAAAAUCUAAGUCUCCCGAGCCAGACCCUAAGCUUCAACAGGACGGGGUCGUCCCCAUAAACUCAGGCCCUGCCAACGAGAACGCAGAGCCUUCCCUGAGGUCCAGCAGGGUCAUCCAGCUCUCCGGGGGCAGAGAGCUGACAGUGGUCCAGGGCAGCGAAGCAGGGGACGCCAGGCUGCCCCGGGUGGAAGUGAUCGUCGACUGCUCUGACAGGCAGAAGGCAGAAGGGUGCAGGCUCCAGGCAGCAAAGGGGUGUGUGGAUUCUCCAGGGGAAGGAGGGCUGUCCGAAGCACCUCCUUCUCUGGUGUCCUUUGCCGUCUCAUCAGAAGGCACAGAGCAGGGGGAAGACCCACGCUCGGGAGUCGACCAGAGCAGACCUCACAAGCACCGAGCGCGGCACGCACGGCUCAGGCGCAGCGAGAGCCAGUCGGAGAAGCAGGUGAAAGAGGCCAAGUCCAGAUGCAAGAGCAUCGCGCUGCUGCUCACGGCCGCCCCCGAGCCCGGCUCCAAGGGCGUGUUGAUGUUUAGGCGGCGCCGGCGCCGCGCGCGGAGGUACACGUUGGUGAGCUACGGCACGGGCCGGCCGGCGCGCGGGGCGGCGGAGGACGACUGGGACGAGGACGGCGCGUGCGCGGCGGAACUUCCGGGCUCCAGCGAGUCGGAGGCGGACGCGGACGCGGACGCGGACGAGGACGCGGCGUGCGACGCCGACGGGGGCGGCGCGCGGGAUUUGAACUUCGACUGGGACUCGGGGCUCGCGGGCGUGGAGAGGAAGCCGAGCGGCGGGGACAAGAUGGAGAUGUCGCCCGACACCACGGGCAAGGGAGCCCUCAUGUUCGCCCGGCGGAGGGAGCGGAUGGAUCAGAUCGCGGCGCUGAGGGACGAGGACGGCCCGGGAGCCCCGACCCCCGCCGGGACGGACGCGGCGGCCCCGCCGGGCGCCGUGAGCAGGAGCUACCUCGAGCUGGGCCGCGGGGCGCCCGACACGGCGCACGCGCAGAGGGCGGCCCCGACCAACCGGACGGCGCAGCCCUUCCCGGGGCCCGCGCUGCCGCCGGCGGCGCCCUUCUCCCCGGCGCGGCCCGCGACGAGCCCCGCCGCCGACUUCCCCGCGCCGCCGCCGUACUCGGCGGUCGCGCCGCCGCCCGACGCCCCGGCCGGCCCGAGCCCGGCGCAGCCCCCGCCGUGGCCGCAGCCGGCGCCCUGGGCGCAGCCCGCCUUCUACGACGCGUCCGAGCGCAUCGCCUCCCGCGACGAGCGCAUCUCCGUGCCCGCCAAGAGGACCGGCAUCCUGCAGGAGGCCAAGAGGAGAAGCACCGCGAAGCCCAUGUUUACGUUCAAAGAGCCCAAAGUCAGCCCGAACCCUGAACUCCUGUCGCUGCUCCAGAACUCAGAAGGCAAACGGGGCGCCGGCGCGGGCGGCGACUCGGGGCCGGAGGAGGACUACCUCAGCCUGGGCGCCGAGGCCUGCAACUUCAUGCAGGGCGCCUCCAAGCAGAAGACCCCGCCUCCCGUCGCUCCCAAGCCUGCAGUCAGGUCCUCGCCCUCGCAGCCGGUGACCCCGGUGUCCCCGGUCUGGUCUCCAGGGGUCGCCGCAGCCCAGCCGCCUGCCUUCCCCGCGCCAAACCCGGCGCAGGGCACGGUGGUCUCCUCCAUCAGAAUAGCCCAGCCUGCCUACCCCGCGGCCCGGCCCGCCAGCUCCUUGACCCUGGCCGGCCCCUUCCGAGGGCCGCAAGCGGCAGUAGCCGGUAAGAAUCACACGCCCAAGCCUCCGGCUGCUGCCCCGGCCGUCAAUGCUGCAGGUGCCGCGGGACCAUCCAACGAGCUUCCGGGGAUGAGCGGGAAGGGCGCGCAGCUCUUCGCCAAACGGCAGUCGAGGAUGGAGAAGUACGUGGUGGAUUCGGACACGGUGCAGGCCCACGCCGCCCGGGCGCAGUCCCCCACUCCGUCGCUGCCGGCCGGCUGGAAGUACUCCCCCAACGUGCGAGCGCCGCCUCCCAUGGCCUACAACCCCAUCCACUCCCCGUCCUACCCGCCGGCUGCCCUCAAGUCCCAGCCGUCCGCCCCGCAGGCCUCCAAAAUGGGCAAGAAGAAGGGCAAGAAGCCCCUGAACGCUCUGGAGGUCAUGAAGCACCAACCGUACCAGCUCAACGCCUCCUUGUUUACUUUCCAACCUCCGGGCGCGCAGGAUGGCCUCCCCCAGCGGUCACCGGCCAAGGUCAGCUCGGCCCUGGCCACGAAGCAAGCGCUUCCCCCGCGGCCGGUGAACGCCGGCUCGCCCCCCAGCGUGCGGGCCUCGUCGGUGUACUCCGUGCCGGCCUACUCCGCCCAGCCCGCCUUCCUCGCCGAGGCCGCCUCGCCGGCCAGCGCCUCCCCCGUGCCCGUGGCCGCCCCCACCUCGCCCAAGCAAGAGUCGGCCUCGUCAUCUUACUUCGUGGCACCGAGGCCAAAGUUCUCAGCCAAGAAAAGCGGGGUCACGAUUCAGGUGUGGAAACCAUCUGUCGCGGAGGAGUAAUCUUGUAGCUCAAGCCGAGUGUCCACUUUGCUCGAAAUGAAUCGUUUGCAGUGUUAAACUUGAGUCCCUGAAAAUGCCUAGCAAGUCCGCAACUUACUUAAUUUCAUACAUGUCACCUCCCAAUCUGGGUCCAAGGAGCAGAAUAUUUUUAAUGAGUCAAAAAAUCCAGCUCAGAUUGACGUAAAACAUGUCUUCUUUGCACACGUAAAAACUCCAGGAGCACCCUCAAAUAAACAUGUGCCAUUAUAUUAAGUAAGCAGGAUACUUAGGGUUUAUUUAUGCUUUAGUCACAGGAAAGACAGUGAUCAGCCUUAACAAACUUCAGGACACAGCCUCUAGGUAGCGUGACAGCCGUGCUCCUUCGGUGACAAGGUUCGAAUGUAGUGAGGAUAUAGCCUGUACUGACUGAGAUCUCCGUUCUAAGCAGUGCUGUCUCUCCAUUACUAACGUAAGGGAGUAAGAACUCUAUCGAGGACAGGGAUCAGCUCUGGUCUGUCAUCCUCAGCCACCCAUUUGGUGUCACAGAGAGGUGCUCUGAGGACUGUCGGGAUGUACGUGGUUCAGUAAGAAGUGGGUCAGAAAGAGGGUCUUCAUGAUUACCGAGCACUUACCGUGUUUUAGGUUCUUUGCCAGAUGCUUGUGCAUAUAUGAACUCAUUUCAGAAGACACAUUUAAAGUAAAUGGGACUGGACCGGAAGGAAAACUGUCCUUAGAGAUGGUUCCCGUCCUCCCUCCUCAGUUCCCUGAGGAACCACGUGAGCACAUCUUCCAUUUCCAGGAAGGAGUGGGUUUGUUUUCCUCAGCAGAGGCAAGUGGUGCAGGGUACAGUGAACGAAGUAACGUGUGGAGAGCAGGAUGCACGUAAAGGUGUGGUGGCUGUCUUGUGGCCGUGGAAAACCACGGGAUUGGGACCCCAAGGAUUACUGACUCCAGGGGCUGACGGGGAAGCAUGAGGAAGCCCGGGUGCGUGGAGACGGUGGGGGGAGGACACACAAUCGUUAGCAUCACUUCUGAGUGACCUCACAGAUUUUUUUUCUCUUGUGUUCAUUUGCUUUUUUGACACCUGCUUCUCCCACUGUUCCUUGCGGUUCUAUCCUCGCACCUCACUUUGCUAUUUGUGUUUGAUGGACCAGGAUAGCUCAGGCAAGGUUACCUUGUGCAUUCGAACUGGUCACACGCCAGGUCGUCAUCCAGCUGGCUAGGAAGUGAAUAAUGGUACAGAGAGCAAACCUGAAGACCUUUCUCAGAUCUAUUUUAAGUCUGAGUCUGACCACGGAAAAUAGUCAACGUGAAUUGAUGUAGAGAACUGUCCAGCAUUUGCAACAGCUCCCAGGAAAACCGUCCACUCCACGCAGGAGCUAUGUUGAGAGACCUCUCAGAAAAUCCUGCCUGGUCUGAGGGUACACGGUACCAUUGUGAUCCUCCGAAAAUAUCUGUAUUCCUGUUCUUUUUCUGCUGUCACUGUCAAUCUGCUAUUUUUUUCACUAUCCUAUUAAAAUACUACUUUCUUCUUUAUCUGUUCAAUGUCCAUGUUUUUUUAAAAAAAGUCUUCCUUGUAUGAGCUAUUCUGAUGUAAGUCUUUCCUCUGGUAUUUCUCUUACGGGCUCCCAUAACAAUUUCCGUUUUGAGCAUACCUGUCUCUAUGCAUCGUAAAACUGCAAGCCUCAGGUAUUUCCAAAACAUAACACACACACAGGGGAACUGAGUCAGCCACAGAACAGUGGGGCUAAUUCUUCUGCUUUUUCUCUGAAAAAUCUUCCAUUGCUUUUGGUGGCAAUUUACCUAGAGAGGUCACAACCACAGGAUGUAGCUCGGUCUCACACUUGCCUUUUUGGGAAAUCAAUUAGGAAGAUUAAUACAGGAUAAAGGAAAAAACAAUCUAUCUGUUAUAUAACACAGUUGUGUGUAUGACUUGUCCCCUGCAAAGGAAAUCUGUUGAAUGCUGUGCAUUUUGCAUUCUUUUCUAAUGGAACAACCAAAAAAGGCUUGUUAAGGAGAAGCAGGAAAGGACAUCAUUUUUAUGGCCCUGCAUUCUUCACAUAGCGUUUGAAGAACAGCAUGCAUUAGAGGAAGGACCUGGAACACAAGCUGUCAAUUUGAGAUAAUCGAUUCAAACGUAUCCCAGAAUGGUAACGACCCAGAAGUAUUUCCAGUUGCCCAGAGGUUUGUGGUCUGUAGGAAUGAGAAGUGUUUUCAGUCCAUGUCCUGCUGGACAGGUGGCGAUCUUAGCAGAGCCACUAUUUGGAGUCGAUGAUUAAAGACACAGCUCACAUGCCUGUGUCUUGUAGUCAUCCUAGGACUGCCUGGGCUUCCCCCGAACCUCCUGAGAGGCAUGUCCGGUAUGCAUGCGGUCAGAGCAUCUACAGUUUCCACGGAGCACUGGUCUCGUUGAGGGGUGUGGGAAGUGGGGGGAGGGCUCACCUGCUCCCUGGAGUGAGAGGGACUUCCUCUCCCUGUUCUCCCCCCCCAAGGUGCUGUAUGUGGCACCUUCCAGGCUGGGUCUAUGCAGGUGAUGUCAGUGCGGCAGGUGGGAGGGGUAGAACUCAAGACGUCAGCUUCGCUCCUGGGCACCUUUUGCAAGCAGAGUGCUAUUGGUGUCGUCGUGGUGAUGGUUGUUUGGUUGGUUGUUUGGCUGGUCGUGAGGUUUGGGGAGGCAGUUUUUGUUUAGUUUUUAGCACCUUGCCUCUUCCCUUGUCCUCUGUUAGCUUCACGUCCAGGCAGAACAGCCAUGACGUCAGCUCUCGUUUUCAGCUCAACAGCAGUGAUAAUUUGCUGAGUGCCUGUGUCACAUUAGGGACCUUGUGUCAUCCCAAGGAAUCCCCUCCCUGGGAUAGAAACUGAAAGGGAAUCAGUGACUGACUUUCUGCAGGAUCCUCCACAAAUUUCUCAUUCUACGCGUGUCCCCGUAACAAUGUGUCAGCCCUCUCUCCCUGCCCCGAGUGCUACGCUGCAGCGAGUCUGCCAGACGCAGGAGAUUCCGGGAGCGGGAGAGGCGCUGUUAGAUGUAAGUGCGCUAUCGUCCCCCCAGUCUCGCUGGAGGGCAGAUUGGGAAUCUGAGCAUCGCCACCUUAAUCUUAGAACGUUUACAACUUUAUUUCUAAUAUUUUAUUAAUAGACACAUCCAGUUUUGAGAGAGGAAAAGGCACGCAGUUUCUGCAUUGAUAGCGUAAAGCACACAUUUUUAGGAAUAUGUUUCACUUGACACAUUCAGGGUAUCACUUUAGAGCAUGUAAAACUUUGUACUUCAAAACAUAUCUAGUAUGAUUCUUAGUGACGAUGUAUAUCAAGCACCUGCACUAACAGUCUCACUUGUCCUUCACAAGAAGCAACUUAUUUUCAGCGUAGGAAAACCAGUUAGAGUCACCCAUAGCUGUUUAAAAUAAGCCUGUAGUAGUUAACUAUUCUAGACGGCGCUGACUUCCUCCAAGGGGCCGUCACUGUAGGACAGCUAAGUAUUAUCACACGGCCUAAAUCCUAGCCUUGGCAAGAGUCACGUCUGAGAUGUAACAACAACAACAAAAAUCUACAUUUAAAGGGGGUGAACUAACAUACGUAGGAGCAUUUUCUUACUUGCAGUAACUGGAUUAGAGAACUUUGAAGGUCGUUUUGCUGCUGACAGGCACAUCGAACACUCCAUGUGUCUCUUUCUCAGUUCAAGCCUCUUUCUUAAGAGCAGAAUGCACAUGUGCGCUUGUGUCUGGGCUGAGAUUUGCUCUUUCAGCUAGAAGCCCCCUGCCGUGUCUCACUCCGUACAGUUAUAAACUGGAGAACCUGCGAGCACCGCAUCCCACGAGUGAGUUCCUGAAAUCUGUUGCUAUUUUAUGAGUCACCGCCGGCCGGCAGAAAGGGCGUUUGAAGUCACAGUCAUCAGAAAGAAGUGAUUGUUUUCUGAAAAGCCCAGUGCUCAGAACUUCCAGAGGGAAGGGGUGGGGUGGGUGCUUGCUGCCUCCUACAGUCAGGGUUGUUGAGUCUGUUUUAAAAAAAAUUGUGUAAGAUCAUGAGAAAAAUGUGUCAAUUCUAAGAACCAACAUCAUAUUCCCGUAAACACUGACCCUUGCUGGUCUUAUGUCCCCAUGUCGUUGGACUCUGGGGGACACAGAGACCCGCGUGACACUUCAGAGUUGCUGAGUCAGUCAACAAGUAUUCUGGGAAAAGUCAGAAGUGAAUUCUUCCCUAGACGUGCCAUCAGGGGUGGCCGAGGGCCGGAGAGCAGGCCAGUAAACUCCCACGGGACCCGAACACCAGGCAGAGCCGCUCUGGGGGGGCCAGUCUCCGUGUCUCCCCCUACGGCUGUAAAACGCAGAAGCGCGGUCAUCAGGCCAGAACCACCUCCCAGCGCAGCCCUGGAGUCGGAGCGCCUGGGUGUUCUCAGGGACAGCCAAGUUCCCAGUUAAAAGAAAAUCCAAAAACUUCUGUCUCUCUGGAAUGCAUAUCUGUACGCUAAACUGCUGCCUGGCUCUUGGAAAGCAGAGAACUACUCAGAGGCAAGUAAAUGAAGAGAAAUUUAAUUAAAAAAUAUCAAAUCCGUCA